AUGGACGACCCUCCCGCACCAACUACUUCAGAACCUAGUUCUCAACUGGGUCCUGAAGUAGCUAGUUAUGUUACAGUUCCAACUAUCAAUACUAAUUGUAAUAAUGUAGUAUUAGAUAAGUGGAUGGAUGCCACUCCUAAGAAACGCAGACGAAGGAAGCAUGACAGUGAUUCUUUAGAAUCAAAUAAUAAUUCCAAUUCUGAUGUUACUUUUAAAGAAACCACUACUAAUAACAAUAGUAAUAUGAUUGAACAAUCUUCUUUACCAGUUGUACGUUCUGAGUACUUACCAAGUGAUUCCCGCCCUUAUAUUGUCCAUGUUCAGAGAUUGGAAUCAUCUCCUAAAGAUGGUUCCACUUUGCAUCCCAUUACAUUUGAUAUGGUCACACUAAAACAAUUUGUCGUUCCAAACCCAGAUGCUACAAAUGUGGUCAGGAUCACUCAGGUGAUUCUUGUUCUGUUGAGGAGGAUUGUGCUUCAUGCUUAA